AAAAAAGCCCGCAUGUCUGUUAUUGGUACUACACGGGCUGUGUGUGAACUAUUUCGUGGAUUUAAUUGUCUAUUACGUUCAGCAGGGGACGGAAGCAUGAUCCAUAUCGUAACCGGAUGUGAAUGUAACCAAUGAGACUAUGGCGCAUGCGUGUGAUGAACAGAGACUGCCAUUUCAGAACAGCUUCAAUGGGUCGUUUCAAACACCUGGUAUUUUUUCACCAGUUUUGGUGAAUGCAUAUUCCCUCAGAAAUUACGACCUAAGUUAUGAAAGUCCACACUUCGGAGAUUUUCCUCCUUCUGUUAAAGGUUUUAAAGAAAAAAUGGCGCACAAUGCUGCCAAUUCAAGACGAGGCUCUGGACCUGUGACAAGCUCAUGGGUUGAUCCAUUAGCGUCGAGUGCUAAUCCAAUUAUACAACAGACACACCCGAGCACACCGAAAACUAGCACCCCCCUACCAGGGAGAAACACAGCUUCUAAACGAAUGGUUCGUUUCCAUGACAGUAUGACGUCAGAAGAUGACCCAGUGAUGACGUUCCUGCUGAAAAUUUUAGACAAAUUAGAGGAAGAAAGGAAAGAAGAACUGACGAAGAGAAGGAAAGAAUGCCGACAAAGGAGGGAGAAGCUGAGGAUGCGACAACUCACUGGUAGCUGUUUGGAAACAGACUCUGAUACGUCCAGCGACAAUGAACUUGACCUCUCCGUGUUCUCUGUAGAGCAAUUUCAACAGAUGAAGCUCAAAAUGGCUCAAGGUCAUUCACUUGGACCAAAUAUUAAGAAGGAUAUUUCAAAAACAAAUGGUGUGGCUAGUAUGGUGGAAAGGCUGAAGGACCUAACAAUGGCCGACAUUGAACAACCUGAGCACGCCGCCUGGUUAUUUGACCAAGGCAAUCACAAGACAGUGUGGUGCGUUGUCGCAGAUAUGUUGUUCUGUAUAUUUGAGAGCAAAACGUCCGAACGUCCGCAAGCAGUCGUGUUGUUACCCGGAUGUGCCGUCCGAUCACUGGUAUACAGCUCGGCAACGACAAAACCCCAUCAAGGUUCAUCUAAAACAAUAUCUGGUUUGGAUAAAUAUCAGAUCAUUUUGGAUGAUUCAAGCACACACAAGAAAUACCUGUUCAGUGUCCAAAAGAAAUCAGACUUACUUUGCUGGAUGGCGUAUCUCAAACCGGCGUCAAAUUUAGAGAAUGACAUACAAACAGAUACACCCACUGGCCCAAGACGUCACUCGGUUAGUGGGCCUGUCCCAAAUCUCAAAGGAGACGCUCAAACUCACGUCACACCCAAAUAUGCUCCGUCUGCCAGAACUUCAAUUCGGACAUCUAAGCUGGUCAAGUCAGAAUCCUUUACGAAUGGGGUACAUGUUGGGGAUGCUGAAGCCUCUCCAAGUCCUGAACAAGGGAGUUCAAGUCCGAUUGCAGGAACGUCUCCUCCAAAAGACUCACUUGGAGAUUUCCGUCGGCGGUUGCGAAGGGAUACGGAACCAGAGAUUGUUAAACCGCAGCCUGUAAAGGCUACUCAUUUCCAAAAAUCCUCUCCGCAACAGAAAAAAUCAAAUCCAUUCAGAAAACUCAGAUCCUUCGGUAGUUUAGAUAGUUUGUUUAAAAAGAAAUCUUCUAAAGACACUGAUUCCACAGAUUCUAAUUCGUUGGAUGAUCACGACGGUGCGUCAUCGCUUUCCUCCUCUGUUGAUUUCACAAGUGCUGGUCUGAUCGAUUCCGAGUCCCAGGCGAGUCUCGGCCGAUCACAAAGCCGCAAACUUUCCCGGUCACUUGACUUUGGCAAAUCUGAAAAGGGUUUGAGUAAGGGUAUUUUGAGAACCGCUUCAGAUUUGAAGGACAAACUAAAACGCAAUAAACCUGAAAAUCCUGUUAUCCUGAAGGAUCUGCAAGAGAUACGCAUGAGUGGAUAUUUGCAACAGAAACAUUUAGUCAAGUGGCACAAACUAUGGUGUGUUGUUUGUAAGGGGUGUUUGUACGGGUUCAAGUCAAUGGCUCCCGAUGAGUCCGCGACUGUGGCAGUGGUUCUGAACAACUCAAAGGUGGAAUAUGUGUCUGAUCAAGAGAAAAGAUUCAAAAGAUCAUAUGUGUUCAAAAUCUCUCAUCCAAAUAGGAAAAGUGUUUAUUUUAAUGCAGUUGACAAUACAGAACUAUCCAACUGGCUUCAGUGUUUGCAGAUGGAGGCAAGUAAGGUAAAACUAGACAAAGUAGACAAAGUCAAGGCUGAGUCAUCACAUGGUUAUGAACAUAUAGACGGUUACACUAAUUCGUCAUCAGUGACGUCUCCAUCCCAUUCGCGAAUAGCUAAGGCGUCAUCAGCACCACCUAAGGUGAAAUCUAGACCACGCAAACCCAGUCCGUCAAUGGACGACAGUAGAAGAAAUUCUCUUCCAAAUGGACCAGCAAAUGGACAUACAAAUGGCGAUAGAGAACUCUCCGGAAGUGACGCAGAUUUCUCGUCGUCAGCAGACGAAUGGGGUGUAUCUUCGUUACCGAUCAUGGCCAGUAGGAAUUCCUUUGGUUUACCUGUUGAUGAUUUCCCCGAACAUGACCCAGCUUUAAAGGAAGUUUGGCAGAAGGACCGGAACUACCUGUUUAACUUGGUACGUGCCAAACUAAGAGGCUACCGAAAACGAAGAGAGAGUGACACCCCUGGUCUUAACAACGAAGGUUUGAUGGUGGUCAACGAAGAUGUCCGAGAACUUCAGUCAAACGCGCGCCAUCUAAGAAGAACAAAAUCUGUUAACGUUGUACCGUCAUCUGCUUCCGCUUCCGGUCCUGGAAAUAAAUCUGUUGCCAUGGCUACGAAGGUAGAUAACUCUCCUGAAGCCUCUCCGGCAUCUCGACGGAAGAAACAAAAAGCUCUGUUGGUUAAGAAAAUAGCUGCAAAAGAUAUCGAGGACCCCACUACAACCGGGUACAUGGAGAGGAAAAAUAUCAGUGAACAAUGGCUUAGGUACUGGUUUGUCCUCAAGGGUUCUUCGCUGUUCUGUUACCUUACUCCGGACGACACGAUGACCGUCGACCUGCUGGACGUCCGCGGCUACAGGGGCGAGUGUCUUGUUGACAGGUUCAGGGGAAAACGCUUCGUACUUCAUCUCACACACGAGGAAUACGUGUCCAUCCAUCUAUCGGUUGACAGCCGGGACGAUAUGGAAGAGUGGAAGGCAGCCAUUCAGGAUGCGGCGGGGGACUCCCCAAGUCCACAGGCCGAAACGUCAGAGACAGUAGUGGUAGAGGCUAACUCUCAGACAGAUGGCGCUACUUAUGAAGACAAAUGUGUAUCAGUCAAACAGAAGCUUUUGAACGAAAUGUUACGUCAGAAACACGAGCUGGAGAGGAAGCAGGCAGCUCGUCAACGGCGUUCUCAGGGUGUUGAAUCCCCCAACAAAGAUCUCAGCUCGGUUGAGAAACAAAUAACCUACGCGACCCACAUACGUCAGAGACGCUUGUCAACUCAAAUCAAGAUGGAAACGAUAACCAAACAGCUACAAAGCCAGACCACUUCAAAUAAACGCUUUCCGUUCAGUUUUGGAGGCAAAAAGAAAAACAACAACCAGGAGCACCUUAAAGGUCAACUGGAGGAGUUGAACAACAAACUACAACAAAUAGACUAUGAUCUUACCUCACACAUCAACAAAUCCACGUCUAACUCGGAUUUGCUUGAUAUGAAUCAAAACCGGAAGUCCAACGGCAAUGGCGUUUACGAACAUGAAUUGCGUGUCAAUGAUGAUGUGACAUCUGGAACCAGAUUACCAACAGGAAGCAGUAAUAGUGCAAAGGAAGACAGUGAUAUGAAUAAGACAAAUACUUUGAAAAAUAGUGUUCAGAAACUAGCUCAAAAGACAUUUUCUAGAUCUGUGAAAUCGAAAAAAUCAAAGCGUCCUGGUGACGGUGAUUCUGCAAUAACGAACGGGUACCUGUCGGACUCAAUGGUGAUAGAUAGACAUCGAAUCGACCGUGAGGAUAUGUCGAAUGAUUACGACUCGGAGGAUGGAAUAGAUAAUCACAAGGCCGACAGUCUGACCGACCUGACCACAACCACCACCUCUCAUACAAGUGAGGAUAAUGUGUUUGAUGAUAAAUCUGACACUGACGGCACCAAGUUUAAAUCCAGAAAAAGCAACUCUUCGUACUCAUCCAAUUCUUCUACACAUUCACAGCAAUCAACACCGAGGAAGGAGGUCGACCCCAGCAUCAUGGCGGAAAUAGACGCAUUUGAAGAUUUCACGAAACAGAUUUUGAGUAGGAAGACUGUAACAUCUUGAGAAUGACAGUGAGUGUUUCCUGAGGUGUGCAAGUCAUCUUUACCCAAUCCUUCAGAUGUCAUUCAAUCUCACAGUCAUCCUCCCAUGAUUAGGAACACUGACUCCACAUAACUAUUGAGGCUGCGGCGGUUAUGUUACACAGGGUGAUUGUUAGAGAGAAAACAGACGGACGAUAUGGUCUUGAAGCAAUGAUUAAGAAAUUGUAUGAGGCCACUCUCACCAGAGUAAGGAAAAAAGUCCUGUCGGGUUUUAAAUAACGGCCAGUGAAUUCUUGGACAGGGUAUCAUGUUUCCACAAAGAUCGUGUUGUUGAUGACCAGGCGGUUUAAAUCUUUUAUAAAAAUAGCAGGAUUUAUACUAACUUUAUUGAGAAUUGGUGCGAGAGUUAUCUCUACUUACCUCUUACCAAAACGAUAUAACAAUUGAGAACUAUCUUUUGUUAUCAGUAUAUUUGGUGAAAAGGGAUUCAAGCGUCAUCACUGAACUGUGUUGCUAUAGUAACAAGAAGUUAUAUGAUUCGUAGUGUGGAACUUUCCCGAAAAGGAGAUGCAUUUCAUAUUUGAUAUUGGACACCAUUAAACCAAACAAUUCAGUGACAAUUGUAAGUAAUAUGUUGUAUAUUUGCUUAAUCAAUUAUACGAAACAAGCUUACCACUUGUGAUGGAUCAAAGCUGAGGAUUUUCCAAAGUCUCUAUGUCCCAGAGAGGAAAGGCAAAACGUGCAAUGCAAAUUUGACGGCAGGCUUUAUCAUUUCAAAGUUUAACAAAAUUAAUUUUGAAAAUGCAUAGGACAAUGUGUUGUAACACAAAUGAAUUAAUGUUUAUCUAAAAUAAAAUACAUACUUAUUA